AUGCUGCGGUGCACCAGCGUGCAUGCUGCGGUGCACCAGCGUGUAUGCUGCGGUGCACCAGCGUGCAUGCUGCGGUGCACCAGCGUGUAUGCUGCGGCGCACCAGUGUGUAUGCUGCGGCGCACCAGCGUGUAUGCUGUGGCGCACCAGCGUGUAUGCUGUGGCGCACCAGCGUGUAUGCUGCGGCGCACCAGCGUGUAUGCUGCGGUGCACCAGCGUGUAUGCUGCGGCGCACCAGCGUGUAUGCUGCGGUGCACCAGCGUGUAUGCUGCGGCGCACCAGCGUGCAUGCUGCGGCGCACCAGCGUGCAUGCUGCGGCGCACCAGCGUGUAUGCUGCGGCGCACCAGCGUGUAUGCUGCGGCGCACCAGCGUGUAUGCUGCGGCGCACCAGCGUGUAUGCUGCGGCGCACCAGCGUGUAUGCUGCGGCGCAUCAGCGUGUAUGCUGCGGCGCACCAGCGUGUAUGCUGCGGCGCACCAGCGUGUAUGCUGCGGCGCACCAGCGUGUAUGCUGCGGCGCACCAGCGUGUAUGCUGCGGCGCACCAGCGUGUAUGCUGCGGCGCACCAGCGUGUAUGCUGCGGCGCACCAGCGUGUAUGCUGCGGCGCACCAGCGUGUAUGCUGCGGCGCACCAGCGUGUAUGCUGUGGCGCACCAGCGUGUAUGCUGCGGCGCACCAGCGUGUAUGCUGCGGCGCACCAGCGUGUAUGCUAUGGGAGAAGUCUCUAA